CUCUAGUGGAAGAUACUAAAGGUGUUGAGUGUACGUGCGAACGUAAACGCAACGAUAAUUGAGGCGAAGAAAACAUUGGCUUUCGUUUUUUCAUAGCUGAUACAAACAGAGUAGUCGAGAUUAUGAGGUUGAACUUGCUCUUGGACGUUUCAAGGUCUCAGAGAAUUUGCACGUUAGAUGAAAAAGAAAAUAUUUUGAACUCCGAAUAACAUUGGGUUUUGACAUUUGAUCAGUUGCAACGUACUUUUUGCUUGAGAUAAACCUCACCGGUGUAUGAUGUACGACAUGUCUCGCGAGAUGAAUGUCGAAGAGAAUAGACUCAAGACAUUUAGCAACUGGCCAGCCGAUGACGCGGCACGUCUUGCAAAAGCGGGAUUUUAUUAUACGGGACGUGAUCGGGAGGUGCAAUGUUUCUUUUGUGGCGCGAAAAUAUCUGACUCGACCAGCGGUGAUGAACUUUCUGUUUGUCACCAGUUGAGCUGUCUCUUCGCCGCCAAUCCAACUAGCACGUGUAACAUUCCAUUGGCGCCAACUGUAAAUAACAAUGUUAUUCUGGAAGCGACAUCGCCAAGUUCACAACUAUCCAAUGGACAAUCCAAUGGGCCAUCCAAUGGACAAUCCAAUGGACCAUCCAAUGGACAACCAUCCGACGCAUCCACAAACAAUACAGAGAUCUUUCGACGACCGCUUAAUCCUCGAAGAGAAUAUGGAACUGUUCAGCAGAGACUGGAAUCGUUUACAAAUUGGCCGAUACCUUCCAUUGUGCUUCCAGAAAAACUUGCUUCAGCAGGAUUUUACUAUCUUCAAUACAAAGAUAUGGUGGAGUGUGCAUUCUGUGGAGGUGUUAUAGCGAAUUGGGAACCAAAUCAAGAUCUAGAUAUGUUACAUAGAUCAUAUUUUCCAAAUUGUGAUUUCUACAUGAAUCGAGACGAAGAUGAUAUAUUAGAAUUGGUUACAGUCUUGCCUGGCACCAAAGAGAAUAUCACAGAUUUGGGAAUACAAAGACAUAUGACACCUGCUAAUCCAAGAUAUGCCGUGUAUGAAAAACGAUUACAAACUUUUACAGGCUGGCCGAAAGAUCUUACGCAAACUCCAGAAAUGUUAGCUGCCGCCGGAUUCUAUUAUACUGGGUGUAGAGACCAAGUUAGAUGUUUCCAUUGUGACGGAGGUUUGCGAGAUUGGGAACCAACGGAUGAUGUGUGGGUCGAACACGCACGAUGGUUUGCCAAGUGUGGUUUUGUAAAUCUUAUGCGCGGACAAAAAUUUGUUCAACAGUGCAUAGAUAAUAGAAAACCUUUGGAUCUCUCGAUAUUUGCCACUAAGAUGCCAGUAGAUGAAACUGGAAUUUUGAGAGAGUCUCCUACAACUUUGCAAACUAACAUGUGUCCCAUGACACAUGAUACAGCAACUUUCGAUCAGGAUGUAGAAAUUUCGAUUCUAUCUCUUGCGACAGCGGUGCAAGAUAGAAAUCCGGUGACAGAUACAAAAAAAUCUGCGAAAGAUGUUGCAGGAACUUCAGUUGCAUCUCUUACAACUUUGGCAUCCAAUGAACUUAGUAAAUCGGCAAUACUUGAAAGGGUAUUAGAGGACACAAAUCUGGAUUCAGAUAUGACAGAGGCUGAACUUAGACUACUUAUGGCGCUUGUUAAAAAACUAAAAAGAUUUUUGAAAAAACGACUGGAAGAAACUGGUGAAUCAAGUGCGGAUAUUGACCAACCAAUGCGAAAUGUUCUACGUCUUGUGGAAGAUGACACGCGUGACAAAUCUAAUUCACCGACUUCGGAAUUAAUUAAUUUAUUGAAGGAAUGUACCGUGACGACACCUAAUAACGCCGCAAAUGAUUUAAAUGCGCAAGAAGCGUCAAAUGCAACCAAAGAUAAACUCGAAAAGAAAAAAGCGGAUGAUAGGUCAGACGAUAUUAUGUCUUUGCGGGAAGAGAACAGAAAGUUAAAGGAAGCUCAUUUGUGCAAAGUCUGCAUGGAUCAUGAAUUAGCUUUAGUAUUUUUGCCCUGCGGGCAUCUAACAACGUGUGACCUUUGCGGACCGGCUCUCACAAAUUGUCCGCUAUGUAGAUUAGAGAUUCGCGCUUAUGUCCGUACCUAUUUAUCUUAAAUCGAUCCGUAAAAAAAAAAAAAAAAAAAAAAAAAA